AUGAGAAGGCAAGGAGAAGGCAAGGAGAAGGCAAGGAGAAGGCAAGGAGAAGGCAAGGAGAAGGCAAGGAGAAGGCAAGGAGAAGGCAAGGAGAAGGCAAGGAGAAGGCAAGGAGAAGGCAAGGAGAAGGCAAGGAGAAGGCAAGGAGAAGGCAAGGAGAAGGCAAGGAGAAGGCAAGGAGAAGGCAAGGAGAAGGCAAGGAGAAGGCAAGGAGAAGGCAAGGAGAAGGCAAGGAGAAGGCAAGGAGAAGGCAAGGAGAAGGCAAGGAGAAGGCAAGGAGAAGGCAAGGAGAAGGCAAGGAGAAGGCAAGGAGAAGGCAAGGAGAAGGCAAGGAGAAGGCAAGGAGAAGGCAAGGAGAAGGCAAGGAGAAGGCAAGGAGAAGGCAAGGAGAAGGCAAGGAGAAGGAGGCAAUGA